GUCAAAAAGCGUCGACGACCUCCUCCACCCAUGAGUGGCACUGCCACUCCCGCCGAAGUGUUUCAUCGAAAUCUAAUUGACGCUGUCUCGAAUGUAGAAGACUCUGACGAAAAUGAGCAGUAUGUGUACUCUUACGGUGGUACGGCGAUUGAUCAUGCCUCGUAUCAUUCUGACCUCGUAUAUCGUCCACAAUCCAUUCGAUCCACACCGGCAUCACCUAUGCAUGACUCUUCAUUUCGUCGCAUCAGCCCAAUAUCUAGGACGAGUAGCUUUUUUGGAGAUUUUUUCCGAUCUCUUACCCGUCAGCAGCAAAUAGCGACGACCGUUGUUGACGAAGAAGAUCCGCAUGCAUCAUCAUCAUUACCACCACAUCACCGUCCCAAACUGCGAAGCAAUGUCAUGGACCAUCGGCCCAAACAGCUGCAGGCAAGCGAGACAUGGGAGCCGCAUCAUUGGCAGCGAAUAUACCCAGAAGCAUAUCAUACCGACGGAUACAGCAGUGACGACGAAGGAGCACCCUUAUUGUUUCGAAGAUCAGGUCGCUACUACCGUAACAACAAUAACAAAUUCAACAAAAUACGACCCUGGUCACGCAUUGUUCGAAACAUCGUGUGUGGCCUAUUGCUAGCUGUGCUAUGCCUCAUCUUUCUUGUGAUCUAUCGUGCUAAACCACUGACCGAUAUCUCCGUGGAAAUGGGUCGUGUAUUAGCCAGCGACAAGGAGUUGAUCUUUGACUUGCGGGUCAAGGCAAAUAACUGGAACUGGUGGACGGUUCAUGUGGCGGACGCGGAUAUCAGCGUGUUUGCGUUCAGUCAAGUGGUGCCGCUCUAUAUCGCUACAGCGAACGACACUUACAAUGACAACUUUAAUAAAACGGAUACGGUGGGGGCUCAUCCAAAGGGCGUGGAUCCGGCCGAAUUCUUGGGCAGCUUCUACCGGUUUGACGAGCCUCUAUCCUUCUCUCCAGCCAUGCUAUCUCCCGACUAUGACCCCUUCGAAGCCAGUAGCCAAAUCCGGAUAAAAUCGCCAGGUGGCGACGGCAGCGGGAAUCAGCGUUGGUCGCGGAUCAUUCGGUACCCAUACGGAUUGGUAGCUCGAGGUGUGCUCAAGUAUCGACCGUUUCCUCUAGGCAGCUUUUACCCACAGUCGGUUGCCAUCUGUGAUGUGGCACGUGUAGAACCUACAACGGGCGUUGUUUCAGAAGACCCUGAUCAGGGUUAUUGCCUGAAAGAUGGAAAAAAAUUGAUAACUAAUCCACACAUUGUUCUAUAA